UACACCUGACGACUGUUGUGUGAAGAGGUUUGUUGGCUGGAUCGUUGCUCAGGCUGAAGCCGCUAUUCUUGCCCAGGAAGAGGAGUUUGUCAGUGAUCUAGUAGCUCGUUCAUUAGAAAAGAUUUGCAAAGAGAUCCGAGAGGAUCCUGAUCGUGGGGAAGACAGACUGAAUAUUUUUGACACCACAACUGCUUCCCAAGUCAUUGAGAAACAGGAUAACGGGAAACGAAAUGUUGGCAUGAACUAUUCGACGGAUAUUUCAACUGAAGAUUGCUACAAGAACAGUCAGCAAACUGCAGACGAAAUGCCUACUGGGGAUAACUUAGACAAAUUUACUUCUGAAUUUGUUUCCGGUGUCAUUGAUAACAUUGUGAGGGAACAAGUCAGAGAUAGUUACUCCGCCAAGCGUCUAAACGAUGAGAAUAUGUUGAAUGUGUUCGCUGCUGAAAUUGUUUCAGAUGCUCUGGACCGAGCCAAACAAGGAAAGGAGAUUGCACAAGAAACAAUAAAUGAAUAUAAUCAGGAUACAUUGGAUGUUUUUGCAGCUGAAUUUGUGUUGAAUAUCCUCAACAAAAUUUGCGGAGACGAACAGGUUGUCAAAAAUACAUCCAUCCAUAAGGUAGCCACUGCAGGAAAUACCGGAGCCGUCAGCCACUCCAACCCCAUACAAACGACGGAGAAGCCACUGACUCCGAAUUGCAAGAAUUCAGCUGUGUCUGAAGCCUUUCAGAGGAUAAACCAUCCGAGUAUUGACAGACCAGUUGAUGCCGACUUCAGCUAUGUUUACCACCGUCUGACAAAUUCAUUUGGGGAAGGGGUAGACGACUCUGUCAUCAGCUUUGUGAUGGAAGCCAUACCUCAACAUAGCACAUGGUCGGAGAAUUUUGAGGCUGUAGACAAAAGUAUCAGAAGUGUAGAAAAUUGCAAAAAGAAACAUCUGACACUUCACCGAUGCAAAGCAAUAACACCAGAACAGCUGAAUCGACCCACUAAGAAACCUUCUCCCGGAAGAUGUUUCCUGGAUAUGUUUCAAAUGAAGAAGAGUGGGCGCGUGACCACCACAUCGGAGGCCGUCAUCCAGCCUUCAACCGGGGUCGUGACACCUAGCAAAAACACCGAAAGUAGUAAAAACUCCACCCCAAGUCGCACAAGACGUUUCCUGACCAGUAUGCGCAAUUCCUUGUUCCGUUUAGGAAUUUCAACCCGUCGGGGUCAAAAACGUAUAUUCGUAUAGUUACAUCUGUUUGUGUAUGUAAACACGACAUCGAUAUGUUCGGUCAUCAUUUUAAGAAAAUUUAGCUUUAUGUAUUUCUGAAUUUGGAAGAUUUUUAGGAUUCAAAACCUACUACCAGACAUAUAACUUUAUUUAAAAUUGUAUAUGUUUGGAAACUUAUUAUAUAGGUUGUGGUGGAUACUAUUGUAUGCUAUAA